CGGGGCUACGCUCGGGGCAGGAGCCAUGGCCACACUGGAUGCUGAGAGAGUAGGAGCCGGUAAGGUGGAUGCGUUUCUCAAGACGGAUUUGUUGAAAGAUAUUUCCAGCAGCAAAGAGGAAGUAACCGAUGCCAUGGCUGGGGAUGAAAAUCUUCCAGACAAGGCGAGUGAUACCAACGGUUCAUGCGAACAUAGCGAAACUCAGGACCGCCACGCUUUAAACCCGCUUGGGGGGCAAGACAGCCCGAAACUGCCUCACCAGGACUCUACUUUUAAAAGCUGCUGGGUGGCAGAGAAUGGCGUCUGCGAACGAGACCCCCUGAAAUCCAACAAUCCCAUGCAAGCCUCUGUAGUCGGGAGCAACGGCUACAUUUUAAGCAAAACCGCUGCCGUCGAGCAGCCUUUAAGGACUUCCAGUUCCUCUCCCCUUAGCGGCCACGCCGCCAAAACCCUCCCGGGAUCCGCCAAUAGAGUGAAGACGGCGCCCAGCGUGUACGUGACCCCCGUACCAUCCCCCGCACCACCUCAAACCGGAGACCCUGCCAAGGACGAGGCGGUCAAGCAGCUCGAUGCCUCUCUCUCCGACUCGAAAGUUCACAGAGCGCGGAAAACCAUGCCGAAGACCGGCAGCAAUUCGCCCAUGCACAAGGACCCCAAAGAACCCGCAGAUCUGAAAGAAUCCGAGGAGAGUUCGCCCAAAAACGGUUUGGAGGGUGUGAAGCCGCAGCCGCUGGCCCUCUCGACCGCGCUACAACAGGUGCUACCUCAGAGCUCAGCGACCGCUGCAAAAUCUCAGUCGGCUGCCGUGGCGUCUCGAAAGAAGAAACGACGGAUGGGAAUGUACAGCCUCGUACCCAAAAAAAAGACCAAAGUGUUGAAGCAGAGAACCGUACUGGAAAUGUUCAAGAACAUCUCUCCUGGUCCAAAGAGCGAGAAGGAGUCCGAUGUCCCUCACGUCAAUGGGGAAAACGCGGAUAUGGAUUCCGAAGAGGAAUACUCCGAGGAUCCAGAAGAGGAAGAUUAUCACAGCGGGGAGGCACCUGCCUCCGAAAACCAAGAGGAGCAGAGCGCUUCCCAGCAAACCGCGUCGGAAGCGGACAGCGUGAAGAAGGGGGAUGACCUGGAAUCCGAAGGCGAUGAAGAAGCCGAAUCGAUGGAGUCCUUGGAGGAGGAAGAUGAUGGAGAUGAGUCUGACCUGAGCUCCGAAUCCAGCUUAAGGAAGAAGCAGCAGAAAAAGAGAGGCCAGGCAGGGAGCCCGUGUAUGAAACCCUCCAGAAAAUAUAAAAAGAAGACCAAGACGAAGCCAGACGACCUUCACGUUGCGGGGAGCGAGAGCCAGGAAAACAGCAUGGAGUACACGGAGGUGUCCCUGGACAGCCUGGACCUCAGAGUCAAAGAGAUGCUGUCUCCUCAGUCCAAAGACUUGUUUAAUGGAGCCGAAGCCAUGGAAACGGACGGUCUUCAAGGGAUUCCCCUCUGCAGCUGCCGGAUGGAAACCCCCAAGGAAGACGAGGUGACGGUGAAGUCCGGGGAUCAGUGCAUGGCCAUCGAGAGCACGGGCAAAGAGCUGAGCCGGUGUGCGAGCGGAGUGACAAAGUACGAGCUGAUGAGGCCGUCCAACAAGGUGCGGCACCUGGUGCUGUGCGAGGACCACCGGGGCCGGAUGGUGAAACACCAGUGCUGUCCAGGCUGCGGCUACUUCUGCACGGCGGGGACUUUCGUGGAGUGCCAACCAGAAACCAGCAUUUCCCACCGAUUCCACAAAGAGUGCGCCACGCGAGUGAACAACACCAGCUACUGCCCCCACUGCGGGGAAGAGUCCUCCAAGGCCAUAGAAGUGACCAUCGCUAAGGCCGAUACCACGUCCACGGUGGGCGCCACCAUGUACGGACAGAAAGACAGCCCGGCGGACGGCCAGGCAGACACUACGACAGAAAGUGAUUUCACGAUCCGGAAAUCCACGCACGAACACAAAGCCGAUGUUCCAGCUCCGCCGACUUGCGAAACCUCCGAGCCCUCCGAGGCCGCCGGCUCCGGGAGGUUCUUCUACCAGGGACAAGUCAAAGAGACCUUGGAAAGCGCCCUGCUUGCCCUGGACUCCGAAAAGCCCAAGAAGCUGCGUUUCCACCCAAAGCAGCUGUAUUUUUCUGCUCGCCAAGGAGAACUUCAGAAGGUCCUCAUGAUGUUGGUGGACGGCAUCGACCCCAACUUCAAAAUGGAGCAGCACAGUAAGCGAACGCCCCUUCACGCGGCCGCGGAGAUGGGACACACCAGUAUCUGCCACAUGCUGGUUCAGGCUGGUGCCAACUUGGACAACUCCUCAGAGGAUCAAAGGACUCCGUUAAUGGACGCGGCCGAAAACAACCACCUGGAGACCGUGAAGUAUCUUGUCAGGGCAGGAGCAUUGCUGGACCCCAAGGAUUCGGAGGGAUCUACGUGCCUGCAUUUGGCUGCCAAGAAGGGUCACUACGAGCUGGUCAAGUACCUCCUCUCCAGUGACAAAAUAGACGUCAACUGUCAGGUAAAGAGUCGUGACCAGGAUGAUGGAGGAUGGACGCCAAUGAUCUGGGCCACGGAGUACAAGCACGUGGAUCUGGUCAAACUGUUACAUUCCAGCGAGGCCGACCUCAACAUCCGUGAUAACGAGGAGAACAUUUGCCUGCACUGGGCAGCUUUCGCUGGUUCUGUUGAAAUCGCGGAGAUCCUUCUGGCUUCCAAAUGUGACCUGCGAGCCGUAAACAUUCACGGCGACUCUCCCCUCCAUAUCGCCGCGCGGGAAAACCGCUACGAGUGCGUGAUGCUCUUCCUAUCGCAUGGCUCCGACGUAAGCUUGAAAAACAAGGAAGGAGAGACCCCGCUGGAGUGCGCGAGCCUCAACUCUCCUGUCUGGGCGGCUCUGAAAAAGAGCCACGGGCUGACCGAGAAACCAGCGCCCAAGGAGAAGGUGGUGAACAGGGAUAUAUCUCGAGGUUACGAGAACAUGUCCAUUCCGUGCAUAAACGGCGAGGAUUCAGAGCCGUGCCCCACCAACUACAAGUACGUGUCGCAGAACUGCGUGACCUCGCCUCUGAAUGUAGACCGGAACAUCACUCAUCUUCAGUACUGCGUGUGCGUCGAUGACUGUUCAUCCAGUAACUGCAUGUGCAGCCAGCUGAGCAUGAGAUGCUGGUACGAUAAGGACGGACGCUUGUUACCGGAAUUCAACAUGGUGGACCCCCCUCUUAUCUUUGAAUGUAACCACGCGUGCUCCUGUUGGCGGACCUGUCGCAACCGCGUGGUGCAGAACGGAUUGAAGGUUCGAUUACAACUUUACCGCACCAAGACGAUGGGCUGGGGCGUGCGUGCGCUGCAAGACAUUCCCGCGGGGACCUUUGUAUGCGAGUACGUCGGAGAGCUGAUUUCGGAUUCAGAGGCCGACGUUCGCGAAGACGACUCGUACCUUUUCGAUCUGGACAACAAGGACGGAGAAGCUUACUGCAUAGACGCCCGUUUCUAUGGCAACAUCAGUAGAUUCGUCAAUCAUCUGUGCGAGCCCAACUUGCUCCCGGUCCGAGUCUUCAUGUCCCACCAGGACCUCCGCUUCCCCCGGAUAGCCUUCUUCAGCAGCAGGCACAUUCCCGCCGGAGAGCAGAUCGGAUUUGAUUACGGGGAUCGAUUCUGGGACAUUAAGCGUAAGCUCUUCAGCUGCCAGUGUGGCUCUUCAAAGUGCAAACACUCCGUCAAAGAUGUCUCUCCGUGCCAAUCAACCCCCCCGCAGGAGACCACCCCGCAAGAAAACGGCUUACCUGACACUAGCUCCGCCGCGUCCCCUAGUGUCUGCUGAAAAGCACCGGCCACAGGACGACGCGUUUCACCGAGAGCAGAGGGGGCCGAGACCCCCAGGCAUAGACUUUUUUUUUUCUUCUAAAGACAUUUGAUCCCUUCUAGUCACAGGAAGGGAACAAAACUAAAACUGUAUUUUGAGAAAGGGCAGCCCAGUGGAGGCUGCAGCAGACGCUUUCCUGGGCGCCAUCAUUUUUAACCCUGCCCUCCGACCCCUAAAGAGACGCGAAUCCUUCUCCAGUCCAAAAAAAAAAAAUAUCCGACUGGCCGGUGGUUCAGCAGCAAAGGAGUUAAUGAGCGAAAGUAUUUUUCACCCCCCCGAGGGGAACAAUUGUAUUAAUCCCCUUUCUUUCUCUGUCACUCACUCACACACACACUCAAGCAAAUUAAACCUAAUGCGCUUAUUUGUCCUCUCGUUCUGCGAGGGCCCUGGGCGAGGGAGAUAUUAGACCGGUUAUUGAACUUUCAAACCGGGCGCGUCUGUAAAGGAAUCUUAAAUAACAAAAGACCGAACUCUCUUAUCACGUCGCAGGGAAGGGGUUACGGGUAUUCCGCUGGAGCUCGCAUCUGUCCGUCGGCCGGAAGCGGUGGAAGGAGUCUUGUAAGACUUUGCUGUCCGUUUCGGUUCGUAGGAAACGCGUCUUUUGGGGUUUUGUUGAGAAAACGAGUUAAGUAUUUCCGUCUGCUUCCUGUUGCUUUGUCCCCGGGCCCUAACUGAGAAGGUGACUGUGUAUCUCUGCAGAGUCAGACGUCCGGGGGUUUAGGACAGGAUUAGGCUCUGACCUGGGAGUUGCGUUGGGUUCAAAGCCUGGACGGUGGUCUUCGCUA